CCCUCCGCUCCGCACUGCUGCGCGCAGCCCUGGACGGGGCGCCCCGGCCGCGCGCCACCGCCGCCGGAGCCCAGCCGCGGAGUUGCUGCCUCCACCUCGGCGCCCGCUGCUUCUCGCGCGGCAGCUUCGGGCUUGUCUUUGGAGACGCGGGAACUUUCUCACACGGCGAGCCUGCGGAGGGGAUGGGCCGCUGCCCGGGCGCCCGCGGGGAGGCGGCUCAGUGAGCGUCCCCCGGCUCCUGCGCGAACGCUCGUCCCUCACCCGGCGUGCCGGUCCGACGUCGCUGCCGGCUCCAGUCGAGUCUUUUAAGCUAAGAUAAUUUUUUGGAACUGCAGAAAUGGUUGGUCCUAGCUACAAAUGGGAAUUUGGAGUUGCUCUGAUGUACACCCUGGAAUAAUUGUGUUUGACUGGAACCAAAUCUUAUGAAGUCUCCAAGGAUGGGGGUCUGUGCAAAGUCGGUGCUGCUGUCACACUGGUUCCUGCUGGCCUACGUGUUUGUGGUGUGCGGUAGGCUGAUGUCCGCCUCGAGCCAGCACCUCCGGGGACACUCAGGUCACCACCAAAUCAAGCAGGGGACCUGCGAGGUGGUUGCUGUGCACAGGUGCUGUAACAAGAACCGCAUCGAAGAGCGAUCGCAGACGGUCAAGUGUUCCUGCUUCCCGGGGCAGGUGGCUGGCACGACUCGCGCUCAGCCUUCUUGUGUUGAAGCCUCCAUUGUGCUGCAGAAGUGGUGGUGCCACAUGCAUCCUUGUCUGGAAGGAGAGGACUGUAAGGUGCUGCCUGAUGACUCAGGCUGGUCCUGUAGCAGUGGAAACAAAGUCAAAACCACCAAGGUAACUCGGUAGCAAAAAGAUGUGCUUCGGCCCCGCAGGAGUGACAGGAUGCAGAGCUCCCUUGUUGGAAAUUUCAGCAACACCAGUCUGCGUAAGUGUGCCGCGAGGAAUGGCACUCACUGGACCGGCCUGCCCUCGCUGCAUCACAGCCCCUGGCUACCACACAACUGACAUCCUCUGGCUCCCAAGGACACCCCAGAGACUUCAGAAUGGAUCCCCACCCGGGCGUCAGUUUCCGGCUGCCUCUACAAUGGAAUGUGGGCACGUAUUUCAGAGGGGCCUCGUUCUGUUCCUCGUUUCCUUUACCCUUGGCAUUAAAGAGGCUCGCAAGGAGUCUUAAGUAACCAAACCUUUUGGCAAAACAUAUUUGCAGCUAUAGAUUAAGGAACUCUGAUUAACUGGUGAAGAAAAUGUAUUUUAUAAAACUUAAAGGACAGAAGGACUCAUUAGGGUCACUGUGUGUGUGCACUUGUGUUUUUGCUUUUGAUGAUUUAAUUGGUGCAUCUUGAGUUCCAUUGUCAGGGUGGCAGAAAUGAAAUGGGGGCCCCAGGACUUCACACCGUUUCACCGAGGGCUAAGGAAGCGCAUGAGCUCCCAUAUUUUAUAACCAAAGCUCCAUCAUGACAUAUUCACAGAAGGAAUAAAGCCUGUGGGGAUUUUUACGGCUUAUGUAUAGUCAGACGUAAAUCAUUUAAAAUAUAAAACAGGAUGAUUUCUUAGAUCCAGUUUAUGUCAAUUAUAUUAAAAUAUUUUGUUGACUCCUAGACAGGAAGGAGUCUUGAAUGCUGAAUUUUUAGACUGUAAAUUAUUUAUUCUGAACUUAGCUCUUGACCAACCUAUUUUGUUGGUCAUUUUAUUUCUUUGAAUUUUGAGUAAAAUCUCAUUUUUUUCUUGGUUUACUGGUUUUUGGAGCAAAUAUGUCUCUACAUAUUCUCAGAUGCUGUCAGGCAGAAAAAUACUAGAUGAAAAGCAACUGACCCAGAUUUUAAAUGCAUAAUGUUAUUGGAACACACACUACUAUAACAAUGUGGGGUAGAUUUUAUAUGUUAAGAAAUGCCAAAAGCAUACUUUCUUCACUGUUAAUUAUCCCUUUUCUUUCACAAUCAUAGGAAAAAUAUUACUAUAAUGUUUAUAGUAGUAACAAUUACAUCUAUUUGAUUUUAUUCUUGGAAAAGGAAUGGAAACAAGUGAUACUCAUUUGUUUGCUGAAUUUGACUAAAUGCUUACCACAAUUGUUACUCUCAUAUUAGCAAGUAAAAAAUUCAUUCUUGA